AUGAUUUCUCGGGUUAUUAUUUUAUCUGCAGUGACUGUUGUUGCACUUGCAAAUUCUCUUAUGGGUCACCAUGCAUCUCAUCCAUGCAAAUUUGGCUAUAGUAUCAAAGACAAACAUGGUGAGCAGCACAGAGAAGAAUCUGGAACUGGUGGCCAUCAUGUGACUGGAAGCUAUGGAUUUAAAGACAAUCGUGGCAUCCACAGAGAGGUUCAUUACGUAGCUGACCACGGUGGUUUCAGAGCCCAAGUAAAGACCAACGAACCAGGAACCGCCAGCCAGAAUCCAGCUGCCAUUCACAUUCACUCAUCUGCUCCAGCUCAUGGCCAUCUCUAUGGAGGAUAUGGGACUGGAGGUUAUGCUAACCAUGGGCAUGGCUAUGCAGGAAAUGUUGGUCUAGGUUAUAACCUUGGAUAUAAUGGUCUUGGUUACGGUGCUGGAUUUGGUGGAUAUGGAUUAGCCAGUGCAUUAUUUGUACAAAUAUGCAACUAA